ACAAUGGAUGGCUUGAAAAUAUUUUUUCUUGUCUUGCUAUGGCAAGUGGACAGCGUAGGUGCCAAGAAGCUACUUAGUGAGAGAGCCAAAAUUUUGAGGUCAAUAGAAAAAUUGAUAGUGUAUAUAACACUUGGGAAUGAUGAGGUUUGUGCUGGUGUACAAAUUUCUGAUGCUUGGAUACUCACUCUUGCUGACUGUGUCGAUACUAAAAUCAAGCUCGGAAAGUACAGUAUCAAAAAUCAAGAUGGUCCAAAACAGGUCAUUGCCGAAGACAGGGACUCCGUUGGCGAAGAAUUCGUUCUUCUUCGGAUUAAGACAACUAAGAAAACAAAAACUAAAUUUGCAAAACUUUCUAACUUAAUGUUACCCUCAUCUGACUACGAUUAUCAGCUCUUCAGUAAAGACGAGUCCGAUAAAGUAACUGCAAAUGAUGUUGUUUUUGUCAGAGGCAUUAAAUGUUGGAAGAAAGGGAUUAAAGGCAAUUUUGGAGAGACACACAAAUGUUUUCAAGUCAACAUGGACAAAACUACUAAAUGUUUCGUAUGUUCAAUUGUUAUGAUUUAUAUCUCUUUAUGA